UUUUAACUCUUAUCACUUAUCAAUUUCCAAUUAAUUAAACACUACACACCUUAUUGAUUGUUCUCCAUUCGAUUGAGAUAAAUUCGUAUCAUUGAAGAUUAGAAGUUAAUCUGAUUGAAUUUCUCUUUUAAUGAACAAAGGUGUAUCAACAAUUAUGGAUCAUCUUCACCACCACAGGAACAAUUAUCAUGGAGAAGAGCAGAUUUUCAAUGGACUAUUGUUUUGUGUUUAUAUUUUAUUGGUGGCGAUUCAGUUGUAAUCAACCUAAUGGAGAUCUUUUUUUUUAUAUACUCUAAUUGGUUAGCAAUUGAUUAGAUUUACAUGGCAAGUUGAAUAAUAGAAUUUGGAUAAAGAAGAAAGAAAAUUACAAAAAUCAAGCUGUAAAUUCUGUUAAAAUGAAUGGAAAUGAAUGUGUUAAAUCUAGUGAAUUAAAUUAACUUGUGUUCAGUUAAAUUAACAUCAACAUAAUCUUAACCACCACCGUCACCAUGAAGAAAACGAUCAAGAAUCAACAACUGUAACUAUAAGAAUCUAAUGGAAGCCUAACAAAAAUCAAAUGGAACAUUUUAAAAUUGCUUGUGAUUAUCAUGUUCAUCAAACUACUUAUACAGAUUUCCACCAUGAUGAUGAUGAUGAUAAUUCUGAGAUUAAAUGAACUUUCCAAAUGAACAAUUAGUUGUGUUUACGAGAUUUAAAUUAAAUUGACAAACAUGAACCAAAAGAGGCAACUAAUCAAUCCUUAAAUCACAUGAUAUUCAAUGCAACAAUUAAUGAAGAAACAACAACAAUUUGUUUUUAACACCAAAGAAACAAAAGAUUCACACAAUCUCAAUGUAAUUAAUAUAUAUUAUUGUACCCGCAAGGAAUCAACAAGAAAAACUGUCAACAAUUAACUGGAAUCAACAAGUAAUUGAUAUUGAGCUGUGAUUAACCGUCAACAAUCAAAACAAUGAUGAAAUUGAAUGGCCGAUAAUUAAAAGCAACACAAUCAAACAUAAUCUGGGGAAUGUUAUUAUUACGUUCAAUAUUGAUUGAGAUGUUGAUAGAUUUGGACUGACUCACCCUCUCUAUCAUCAUCUUACCUGAUCGUCAUCUUUUUUUUCUGGUAUCACUUGAUUCAAAGGAACCAGAAAUGUUACGAAAAAAAUGUUAACCAGAAAUUCACCUGUAAACUGAUCAUCUUUAUCAUGAUGAUGAUGAUGAUGAUUUAAUGAUAAACCUUAAUGAUAAUCUUUUUGCUUGGAUUUGAAAAUGAGAAGCAAAAGUUUUCUUAAUCUUCUAUAAUCCAAUUAUUUGGUUUCGUCCUGUUUUCUUUUACCAUUUUCGCCGUUGAACUUUUCAGGUCACAAAUUAAAGGAGUGUAACAAUUAACGACGACAAUUAGAAACAAUUGAAACUUGAGUAUGAAAAAUGAAUCAAUUUAAUUGGUAAUGGAAACUUGAAACAAUCAAUGGAAGAAAACAACGAACGUCAAGGAAAAGGAGAAGAAGAAGAAGAAAAUAUCGACAGGGAAUUCGGAUGAAAAAGUUCUGGAAGAUAAUUCAGUGGGAUAUGCGCAAAUGGAAACCUAUGUAAACGAAAGAGACCAAAGACAGAGAAGAUGAUGAUGAUAAAAUGGAUGAUAAAAGAAGAUAUUUCUUCUCAAUUUGAUAUAAUAUUAUAUUAUUAUAACCAGUUUUGUCCAAAUCAGUUUAAGGUUAACGUGAACACUUUUCACAUUUUCUUGUGAUUCAUAAUCGUCACAAUUAAAUAAUUGAUAAUUAAUUUCAUCGAGCAUCAUUUUCACAAUCAACUCUAGUCUAAUCAUCACAAUCAUUAACUUUCCAUCAUCAUCAUCAUCAUUAUCAUCUUCAUCAUCGCCAAUCAUCAUUAACUUUUUCCUCUCUUUUUGUUGAUUGUUACAUUUCUAAUUUUUUCCCCAAGUAUAUUCCCUUUAAUUGUCACCAAUUGAAUUAAUUUAAAUUGUUAAGUUUUUUCCUAAAUACUAACAAAAAAAAGUCAACUAAAUUUUUAAACAAUUUAAUGUAAGUUAAUCAAUUUUUAUAACCAUUAAUGUAUUGGUGUAUUUUCUGAGUGUAUUGGUGUUUACAAUUUAAAUUGUGAUUACAAUCAAUUGGAAAACAUAUAUUUAAGGAAAAGACCAGUUAAGUGCUUGUGUUAAUUAAGUUAAUUGUUUUCUAUAGUGUUAACCAAAUUGAUAGAAAAGUAAUUGUGAAAAUCAAAAAAUCAAUAUUGAUCAUUAUUAUUAUUUAAAUGAACAUUUAUCACCAACAAUUUUCAUCAAUUGAACUUAAAUCAUAACCAUGAACAAAUUGGAUUAGUUUUAGAUUAAAUUUGGAUUAUAAUUCAUUCUGAUUGUCAUCAUCAUGAAAUUUAAUCAAUUGAACAGAAUUACCGGCUUAUAACCGGAAGUGAUAUUGAAUUUUCUAUCGAUUUAGGAGUGAAGAGGAAUGGAGAGAUAUGGAUUUGAAGGACGAAACAUCCGAGUGUCGGGUCAACAGUAUAGUAGCGCCUUUACCAGCGACAAUACCAUCACCAGAAACGAUGUCACCUUUACCUCCACCACCAUUGUCGAUGGUAUCAACAGCAGCACCAGGAUCGGAACCACCACGAACGACAAUGAUUGUGGACAUGUCCGGUUACUGUUCGCCGCCAGUUUCGACUGUUGGUUCAACUUUACCUGGUUCGACAUCUCUUUCACUUUGGCCUUGGCUUCGAUAUGCUGAUGAAGAGGCUGAUGGUUCGAGUACUAAUGGUGAUCAAGUAGAAUCAUUAGUUAAUUUUUUAGACUCCAAUGGAGUUGAAAGUUUCCCUAAUCAACUUAAUAAUAAUUAUGAUAAUGAAUCAAAUCACCAAUCAAAUCAACAAUUACAUCCUAAAUUAUCCGUGCGGCGGAAAAGUUCAUCAAGUGAGAGACAAAGUCGUCGACAAUCAACAACAUCGUCAACCGAAAAUAACACAAGGAAACAACAGUUACCCUCAUCUUCCUUGAAAAGGGCCGUUACAAGGGUUCGAAGUGGUUCCAGUGGUGCUGGUGGUCCAACUGCAACUAUCGGUGGUGUAAGUAUUCAGAGGUUUAGUCGAUCUACUGAAAGAGGCAUCAUCGAUAGACGGGCAAGUGUCGCUGCUCGAGUUGUUGACUUUCCAUCGCAUCCAUCUUCAUUUCGUCGAUCUCAAGCUUCACAUCGUUCCUCAAGUCGCCGUCGUUUCUCCGAUCGAGAUGGUUCUUCCUCCUCAGUUAACGGAACCACACCAGUUAACCUUGACCUGCCUUAUCCAGAUUACACCGAACUUUCAUUUCGAUGUCUAACUCAAACUUCACCAGUUCGCCGAAUCUGUUUGACGAUGAUUUCCAAUCCAUAUCCUUUUCAUAGACACAAAAUUAAUCAACUAAUCAUUAAUUUCUAAUUUUCAGCUAAUCACAAAUGAUAACAUGAUAAUCUCAUCUUCCGUUUCAUCUGUUUCAAACUUUCACCUUUCACCGAAUUGGGGUAAGAUCCAUUUAAGAAUUGAGGCCAUUAAUCAUUUGAAAAUCGAAUUGGUAAAAGAAAAAGAAUUUUUGAAAAAUCAAAAGUUCUAAGAAAAACUUUUUCUUCUUCGAAGAAAAUUUUUUUAACUCUAAGGUGAGCUUACCAUGAAUUUAUCGAUUCCAAAUGACAUUUUAAUGAAUUGAUGGUGAUGAGGCUCACGAACCUUUAUCAUGAUGAUAAUUGUUUAAUUGUAAAUUAAUUCGAUUGACCCGAAAGGUUUAGAAAGUUAAAGUUUCUCAGACUAUUAAUCUUCAUCUGAUCAUUAGAGGACGAAGAGGAAAGUGUAUUAGUGUGGAGUGAACUGAGUGGGGUGGGUGAAAAAAAGUUCCUGAACCAGAGGUAAUUACGAUCACCUCAAUUUCCUACCAAUCCUACUAUUUAAUUGUCAGAAUCAAUGUUUCCCAUCUCAACCUGAUAUUUACUCAUUGGUAACAAUCAAUGGACUUUGUUGAAUCUUUUGUUUCCAUUUCCAACUGAUUAAGUUAAUUGAGUUAAAUUCUCCGAGUUUUUAUCAUACAAUUAAAAAAGUAACAAUAACCUAACAAUCAGUAAUUAAUCAAUUGAGUAUCUUAAACUUAAUCACCAUCAAGGUAUCAAUUUGAUGACAAUCAGCUUAUCAAAUAUCAUUGAUGAAUUUAAUCAAUCAUCGCACUGAUUGUUAAUCAAAGUUGAUCAAGAUUAAUGAAUUAAAUCAAAUCUAAAUAUUUAACAAAAAAUCAGCCUUUAAUCAGUUGAUGGUUGAUUGUUAGCAGUUGAUUGUUGUAGCAUUUUAAUCAAUAUCAUUUUCAAAAACAAUCAAAUCUGGUAAAUGCUAAUCAACAAUUAAGCUCUGACAUAUCACUGACACAAUCAAGAAAAGUUAAAUAGUGAAACCAUCAAACAAGAAAAAUAGUUUCAAUUGAACUUUAAUUUAAUCAUUUAUUUAAUUCAAACAAUUGUAAAUUGUUUACACUUAAUCAUAACCGUUAACAAUUAGAUGAAUACAAUUGUCAAAGUGAAAAAAAAGUUAACCAUUAAUUUUGGUUGUUUUUGUCAAAUUGUCAAACCAAUUGUUUGCACGAUCAGUGUAAUUGUUAAAGGUUAGUGAUUUGAUUAAUUGUUUAUGAUUAAAUUUCAACAAUUGAUUAAUUAUUUUUUCCCCCUCAAUUUAUUUAUCACUAUGAUGCAAAUGAAAUCGAUUCAUGAGAUUUAGUUGUUAUGCUUUUUACCAUGAAAUCGCCUUGAGGUUGAAAAAAAAGUUUGAAAAAAGUAAAAAAUAUCAACUCAUCAAGUUAACAAAUUCAAUGUAACCAUUUAUAUGAGUAUUCAUGUCUGAGUCUGAAUUUUUCAUGGGGAAAGUUCAAGUAACCUUGAGGGUGAACAGUUUAAAUGUUGAUUAUGAAAGUUACGACUCUUUCAUUAUCCAUUGUUCAAAGAUUUCAGGGGAAAGUUUAAAACUCACAAAUUCCAUGAAUUGAUUGUAUGGAUCAUUGGAAAAUUCAUUCCAUACUUUCACCUUUUAUCGGUUCAGAAUUUUUCUCAUUCCAAUGGAUAAAAUGUCAAAAUCUUAAAAUAAACACAACAAAGUGAUUAGAUAAUAAUAUAAUAAUAGUAACAAUUAGUUUUCCUUUCAUUAAUUUGAAAUAGAAACAAAAUUUUCAUUCAGAACUCCAGAAGAAAUAAAGUUCUGACAUUUUAUUUGUUCACUGGAAAACUUUUAAGACUUGAAAUGAACUUUAACCUUAACAUGGAAACUCCCAGUUCUAUCAUUCUGAAUAGAUGAUAAGCUUUAUCACUGAUGAAGAGAAAAAUUAUCUUCCCAUAAAUCACCAGAGAGAAAAAAAAAGUAUAUAAGUGAGAGAGAUGAUUAUCAUCUUGAUAUUAAACAGAAUUAUGAUAUUCUAAAUAGGAUUACAAACGGUUUCUAGGUUUCCAAGUUUCUUUUAACAUUCUCCUCGAACUAUGCUUAGAACUUUUUUAUUUUCUUAUUCUCUUUCAUCUUCCUAUUCUUAACUAUCAACAUAUUUUACCGUUACCUUGAUGACAUUAUUGUUCUGAUGCCAGUUAAUGAUAAUUGUGAGCAAUUAUCAACUACUAGAGGAUCGAGUUGAUUGGAUAAAAUCAAGUUUCAAGUAAAUUAGAGAGACAAAAUUGUCGAUAAAUCAACUUGAUGUUAAUCAAUUUAAUCAGUUGGAAAUUAACAGUAAAUAGUCAACACUUGUUGAAUUAAAUUAAUAGUUAACAAUUUGUUAUCAUAUUAAGAUCAAUCAGUAACAUUAUUGAUUGAUUAUUUAUCUGUAUCUCUUUUGAUUAUAAUACACUUUUUAAAAUGAUAAGAUUCUGUUAAAUUUUCAAUGAUAUGUAUAACUAAUUUGCCUCAGGGUAAUAUUUUACCCAUUCAUCAACAGCUGAUGCUGGUUAUUGACUCUUAACCGAUUAUCUAUUAAUAGUUAAUCUGAUUCAUGAUUUACACUGAAUUGUGAUGAGCCAAUUUGAAUUUUCCCAAUGAACUUUGUUAUUAUCAGUUAGCUCAUGAUUCUUCAUGAUAUAUUCAUAUUCAUGGUUAAUGAAUGGAAACAUCUUGUUUAGUUAUUCUUCAUUUUCCAAUAUUGGAUCGAUAACUUAUUCACGAUUUCAAUUCAAUUCAAUGAAAUCCUCGUGAAAACCAAUAGCAACAUUGAAAAUGUUAAUAAAGAAAUUAUUUCAUGUAAAUUGUUAAUAUAUAUUGAAACUCACUCUCAAAUCAUGAUAAUAUUUUCAGAGUUUUCUCUCACCAACUCAGCGAAAUAUAUUGACAAAAUUUUCUUAAUAAUCUAGAACCAAACUUUUCAUCUUAAUAUUAUCACAACCAGUAAAUCUAAAUGAAGAAUCAUGAACAUUUCAUUCAGACUCCAGUUCAAUUCAAAUAUAAAAUUAUCGAUUCAACAAUUAUGAUCAACAAUAACGAGCACACGUUUAGUUUUUAACAACUUUCUAAUUAAGAUUCUAAUUGAUAUGGUGAUCGCAGAUUCUAAGGUCAAAUCCCCAUUCGUCUCUAUUGUCAGUUCUUAUUAAGAGCAAAUUAGUUAGAGAUUUGCUGUGAAUCUCUUAGGCUAAAGGCUAUUGAGGUCGAAGCUCAUCUGAAUUCAUGAUGGAAGACAUUUGAAAACAUCGC